AUGUAGAUAUUGAAAGUUCUGUCACAAGGUCCUGCAGGUUAUCUCGACACUCGCAGAAAUGGAUUGUCACCCUAUAGGUACUCCCAGUUAAGGAAAUCAGUUUAUGUGCCCGCGGCAGUACUGCAUACGGGGGUGGAAUAUGUCGUCUUAACUUUGCAGGUAAAGAAGUAACUGGGAAAGAAAAAGACUCCACGGCCAAAAUGGAUACGGCCUAAAAGGUUUGGAAAUAAUAGGGCGUUCCACGUUAUUUUAUUGAAGAUUUCCGCACUUUUCUGAAGUAGAAUAUAUGAGUUAAUCGACCUUCAUAUUUCUGGUUUCGGAUGCUGAUCUCUGUUUCCGAUCAUCAAUAUUUAAGAGUUUCAACCUCAAUUCAUCCGCAUUUUCAGCAGGUAAAAUCAAAUUUUGCUAUGUAUUCUACCUGUUCGGUAAAAUGUUCAUAAGAACUAAUCUACCUCUCCCGCUUUUGUGUGCAUUAGAGACUUCAGACUUCCUUCUUCUACAGAAUUAUAUUUUUUGCUUUUAUGUUCCUGAAAUGAAUUAAAACACACCCUUCUCUGGAAACUGAGUAACAUCCUCUUUAGAUGGGAGUCUGGGUCCGUGCUUGUGACUGAAUUUGUAGUUUGUAAAGUCCCAUUUCUGAUCCAAAUUAUGCACUAGUAUGAAAAGCUAAAAACAUGUUUUGGUUUUAAAUUUGCUCAUAUUAGCAGAUAUGUAAAAGGGCUUCGGUAAUCUGGGGUUUUGGUAUUCUCUCAAUGAGUAGUGUGUGAAACUAAAACAACUUCACAUUCCAUGCAUACUCUUCAAAACUUUCGUUCUUCUGCUUAUAAGAAAUUCUAAGUAUCUGUAUCAAUUUUAAACUGUAGCUAUUUCACUGCAAGCAGUUAUGCGCUGUGGUUAUCAUUAGUAGUUUAACAAGUGCGGAUAAUCUGCUUCUCGACUUGAUGUAAUUGGUUUCGAGCUAAGUUCACAUUCUAAGUUCAUUAACGAAUCAUUUCAGAGAUUUGGUUCAAGACUUGAUGCAAGUACUUUCCACCCUAGAGAGCUGGUCUGUACAAGUUAGGGAAAGUUACAAUGGGACUCAAGACAGCGACCAAAUGGCCAAAGCAAAUCAAUCCAGCCUUAGUUCAGAAGUUGAUUCUGCGGGAACGAGAUAUUCAGAAAGCGGUCAUCAUAUUUGAUUCAGCCACAACAGAGUACGCUAAUGGAUUUCGACAUGAUCAGAAUACUUUUAGCGUAAUGAUUUCUAAAUUAGCUUCUGCCAACCAGUUCAGGUCAGCUGAGGACCUCCUCGAUAGGAUGAAGAAAGAGAAAUGUAACUUAACCGAAGACAUAUUUCUCUCUGUCUGCAGAGCAUAUGGACGGGUUCACAGGCCUUUGGACUCCCUUAGGAUUUUUCACAAAAUGAAGGAUUUGCAGUGCGAGCGCACUAAAAAAUCUUACGUUACAGUGUUUUCCAUACUUGUUUCUGAAAACCAGUUAAAGGUGGCCCAAAAGUUCCAUAGAGAUAUGAAAGAAGAGGGUAUUUCACCAAAUGUCGCUUUCCUCGAUGUUUUGAUUAAGGCCCUCAGCAUGAACAAGAGUACCAUAGAUGCAGCACUUGCAGUGUUCAAAGAAAUGCCUGAUAAGGGGCAUAUUCCUGAUUCUUACACAUAUGGUACACUUAUCAGUGGCUUAUGUAAAUUGGGGAUGGUUGAUGAAGCAAAAAGGCUGUUCAAAGAUAUGGAGACAAAAGGUUGUUCACCCACAGUUAUUACUUAUACCUGCUUGAUACAUAGUUUAUGCCGUUCUAGCAACUUGGGUGAAGCAAUGAAAUUGCUAAAAGAGAUGGGUAGCAAAGGAAUUGAACCCAAUGUAGUUACAUUCAGUUCUCUAAUGGAUGGUCUGUGUCAAGGUGGCCGUUCAUUAGAAGCCCUCGAGCUACUGGCAAAUAUGAUAGCUAAGCGCCUUACUCCAAACGUGAUAACUUACAGUUCAUUAAUUAACGGACUAUUGAAAGAAGGGAAACUUCAAGAAGCAGUAGAGAUUCUUGACAGAAUGAAACUUCAAGGAUUGAGACCGGAUGUAGUGUUGUACAGUAACCUCGUAACCUGUCUAUGUGAGUGCUCUAAGUUUCGCGAGGCUGCAAACUUCCUCGAUGAGAUGGUCCUUGGUAAAGUCUCACCUGGAUGUGUAACUUGGGGUCUUCACAUUAAGAUGCAUAAUAUGGUAGUACAGGGGCUGUGUGAGAAAGAUCUGGGUCGAGCUUUUCAAGUGUACUUGAGUAUGCGAACUCGAGGCAUUUCACGUAACCAGUCAACUUAUAGUUCUCUGGUAGAUUGUUUUUGUUCGACAGGAGAUGCUCGGAAAGCUUAUCGUGUAAUUCAUGAAAUGGUGCUUGAUGGGUUUGUUCCCGAUGAGGCCACAUGGAAUGCUAUUGUAAGUGGAUUCUUGUGCCGAAAGAAAGUGCAUGAAGCUGCUGAGUUAGUACAGCUCGAGUUGGUGGGAGAGUUUCUUAAGCCUAUGGUGUAAAACUGUAAAUCUUGAGUUUCGGCUGGUAAUGAAGCAGUGAUGCUGGACAACAGGUAAAGCCAUUAAAUGGUGGCAGACUGGUUUUGUUUUUCACUAUCCAGUGAAGAUCCUGCGUGCAUAAUGUAAACUCUAACGCAAACUGAAAAAGGAGCACAUAUUGGAUGUAUGUGAUAAAAUACACUGAUUCCUAAUGAACCUCGUCAG